UCCGGCUUCAAGCAGCAACAGCUGAAGCUUCGCUUCCAAACCUUGAUGCAAAUCAUACAGAAAUACAUGGAAAAUAUUUACACACCUCCAUGAUUUCUAAAGUGCGUUGUAUAGAAUAAAAUAGCCAUCUUCAGUACUCUGUAUGUAAUAAUACAUUAUCGUAACAGUGGACAAAUAAUCUAGCAAGAUGGGAUUGAAAGAACUUGUGCUCGGAAGUCUGACAUGGGCGAUAAUUUUAAUACUGCUCAGCUUGCCUCUUACUCUCUUAUUCAUUUGGAAAGUGUCCGUAGUCCUAGUUGCGAAAUGUAUCCGGAGGGACUUGCUCCUCCCAAAAGCUUUGGACAUUAUGAACGCUCCAGGAAGUGGGCACAAGUAUUCCAUCGUGAACUUUGGUCUUGUGGGUAGAUUUGAAGGACAGGUUGAGGUGGAAGAUGUGAGGAAACUCUUUACUCAAAAGUUUCUCGGAAACGAAGGAGGUUCGUCCAAUAAGAAAGAAUAUGAGAGAUUUCAUUAUUCUCUGGUUACAUUUGGAGGGUUUGCAUUCUUCAAAAAGAUAAGUCAGAUCGAUAUUAACGACAAGAUUCUAGUAAAAAACCUGGAUGACAAAGAAGGCAAAAUUUUGGAAGACUUAUUAUCGGAAUGGAUUCUAGAAAAGUAUAAGGAAAAUUCGCCCUGUUGGGAAAUUAUCAUAAUUCCCAUGAGGGCAACAAAUCAAACUGCAUUUGCGAUUAAGAUGCACCAUGCUAUUGCCGAUGGAUAUUCACUUCUAUACAUUUUGGACCAACUCACAGAUAAUACCUCGCCAUAUUUGGUGAAGGAUUUUGAUGAUACUUUCGGGCAGCGGGUAUCGCAAAUGCUCCAAGUUCCAUGUCACAUGGACAAAUUUAAAGGAGAUCCACAAUCCAAUCCCUUUGCAUGCAAGAAAGUUGACCCAUACCAGUGGUCCAUAUCCUUCACUUUGUUGGAUCUUGACAUGUUGAAACGAGUCAGAAGAGAGCACAACGUUCACUUUAGUUCCAUAAUCUUAUCAUUACUUGGAGGUUGUCUCAGGAGGUAUCUGCUUGAAGAUCUGCAUAAAACACCAUCCGAUUUACCGUCCCAUUUGUGCAUGGGUACAACUUUACCUUGGCCAAGACACCCUUCAAAAAAUCCCGAGACCCCCACCAACCAACGCAUCUGUAAUCACUGGGUAACGGCGUUGGUAAAAGUUCCUAUCGGUGACGAGACUCCGAUUGAAAGACUUCUUCAGGUUGAACAAGCACUAUUGGAGUUUCAAAACCAAGGCCUUCAUAAAUUCAUGAAAUUAGUAAUGAUUCCACUAAUGUGGCUCUUCCCCGUGAGUUUCCUCAGGUCAAUGUUUGCCACAGAUGCUGGGUUUGGCGGGGGUUACUCUUCGACAUUGGGUGGGAAUGAGUACAAAUUAUUAGGAAAACCGAUAACGCAAAUCAAUCAAAUUUUAGCCAUUCACGAUGCAAAUCCAUUCAUUCCCAUCUCCACCUUUUCUUUCACACAUUCUGAUCGUUACGAGUUAACAUUUGCUGCAAAUCCUCAACAUUUUCCAGAUAGAUCAUCCUUGGAAAAAGUUUCAAAGGAGUACAUGCCUGCGGAAUUGAAGAAACUCGCUACCGAUAGUUUCAAUUCAUAGCUUGUUUGAUUGUUAUCUGGCAUACUGUCGAAUGUCACCUUGUUCGUCAUCAUGAGCUCCAAUACACUACCAACUAUGGUUGUGGUAUAAAAUUUAAAUAUUAUUUAUUACAAACAUGUAUGUACAAUAUGAGUGUACAAUAUGUAUGUACACUCAAUAACAGCGAUUAAUAGGAAAAUAAUUAAUACGUAUAAUGAUAUUUAAAAAUCAGUUUGGCAGUUCAACGCGGGAAUGCGGCAUCAAUCAUGGGAGCUGUCCCCAGUCAACGAGGAUUAGAAGAAUUAUUUUAUAUUUUAAAUGAUAGGUCGUUUUAUUUACAAAAAUCCUGUAAGGGGCCGAAUGGUGAUCUCGGACGCCUAUCCGGAUCAAGUAAAGUUUCCCAACCCACCAACAUCGGGUUUUUCCUCUACUCCCCAAGCCAACUAAGUGUAUUUCAUAGUUUAUCAAUGUUGAUGUUAAUAAAUAACCUUUUAUCAGUG